AUGGACGCAUUUGAAGCAGCAUGUGUUGCAUUGCAUGCUCCACCCACAGGACCUACAGCUGAACGUCAACGUACUGAGGCUGAGAAUAUUCUAAAGCAAUUCAAAUGCAGUCCUACCGCACUACGAGAUGCCACGACACUACUACGUGCUAGUCAGACGCUACCCGUUGUACAAUUCCACUGUGUUGCUACAAUUUGUGAAGUAACAUUACAGCGUUGGUCGUUAUUAACACUCUCUGAUCGAUCACAGACACUGGACUUUGUGAUGCAGUUAUUACUAGAUCAAGGCACGAGACUACCGAGAUUUGUGGCGGCUGUAGCAUUACAGACAGCAGUGUUACUGGUGAAACGAGGCUGGUUGGAUCGACUCGAGUCAGAGCGUGCAGCAAUCUUAACGCAAAUGGGUGCCAUGUUAGAGCCUCAUAAUCCAAUUGCACACCGUCUAUUGGCUGUGAAAUGGCUCCUAGCAUUUGUGACCGAGUUUUCAUCCGCAUCUAGAGCUAGUAACAUGAUGCAACCGGUGGAAUUUCAUACAAAGUCACGACGUACGUUAGAAAAGAGUGACGGACUCAAGAAUAUUGUUGCAAUUGCUGUACCAUUGCUGGAAGACUCGAUUCAAAGCACAUUGAGAAGCUGUGAUAAUGCAGGAGAUAUACCUCCAGAGCAAUUGGAAUUACUUGAGGUAGCGUUUCGACUUUGUGUCGAGUUGCUGAAUUGGCAAUUUGAAGAUUCGCGGGUGGGAAAUCUGACGUGGAGCUUGAGUGGAACAGCCAGUGAUGAUAAUAUUGGAAACCGGCCAGUGUUAACGCCACAGGCAUCUUGGCGACCGAUUCUGGUACGACCGGAUUUGAUUCACUCAGCUUUUAACACGUAUGCUUUCUUUCGUAACGUUGCAGCCAAAAACGAGACGCUACUCCAUUUGGCUCGCCAAUUUUUAAUUCAGCUGGCAUCUCUACAGGGACCCAUCUUUGAGCGCAAAGCGGAGCAAGUGCAGUUUUUAGGUGAAAUCUUUCGUGGCGUGGUCACAAUUGUGCAUAACCCGUUCUUGGACCUGCUAGCGCAGAGUGAUAUUACUGGUUAUGAGUUGGCCACUCGCGAAUUGAUUGAUUGCUGUCAGCUCCUCUUUCGGCUCGUGAAUAACAUUGGUCUGAAGGCGCUACUGCAAGAUAAUUCCGGAAAGCUUUUUUCUUUGUUCGUCGAGGAAUUGGCCUCGCUGACCAGCAAACUUUUACACUCGGCGUUAGAGCGCAUUCAGCGUCACUUGUGUGAAAAUUCUGAUGAGGCGAUCGAUGAGCUAUGGGAACUGGAGGGUGUCGAUAUUCUGUUGGAUGCGUGGGUGGCGCUCGUAAACGACCCACUGUUGUUAGAGGUGGGCUUAUCGGAGUCUUCGACACCCGAUUUGGAACAAGGCCUGACAUUUCUCAGCAAUGCAUCUGCCCCUGUUAUAAAGCUUUACAUUCGGGUUCAACUAGAAUUGUGUGCGGUGGAGGUUCUAGUCGAUCAGGAUGAAGACGUGGACGACAACGCCACCAGUAGUGCACGGGAGCAGUACGAGCUGGCUGCCGCACUAGCCAGGGUAAACGCUUCGGCUUCAGCUUCGUUGCUAGUGUCACUUGUGCAGUCGUUGAUGACUAGCGUUCAGCAGGAAUUAGAAACACUACAGGGACGGGAUGAAAUGACACCGGUGCUCUCGCAAGUUUUCGAGAAGCUACACUUUGCUGUUCUUUUUGUGGGCCUUUUUCUCGCAGACGACUUUAAAGGUGAAAGGCCAGGCAUCCCAAACCGAAUUCGUGCCACCCUUCAUGGCGUUGCCGCAGCUAAGGAUUCUCCUGUGAUUAAUCUCAUUAUGCUUAUCAUGACCCAUGUGCUAGAGUUCGAGACCUCACGUCUAGUCCAAAAUCCAGCGAGCAACUGUGUCAGUCCGUUUGUGUCUGAAGGACUCAUUAAAACGAUAACACGGUUGUGUGCUACAUAUUUUGCCCCGAACAUUCUACUCGAUUCAACCAAAGUGUCGCCGGCAAUCUUGCAAGUUUUUGAUUACCAGGGUGGCGGUCGUGCAGGCGAGCUGCUGAGUUUCCUGGUUCAGCAGGCUAUGGUAUACCUGCUUCAUUGGCCGACGCAACCCGUGGUGAUGGAAAAUCUGAUCGACUUUCUGCUUGUUCUUUCUAAUACGCGAGUCAUCAACCCCAUUCUUAGCUCGCAGGUAUGGCAAUCGAUUGUUCAAGCUAAUGCAUCUGCUGAGUCGUUCAUUGCUGCAUCAGCAGGUGGCAAUGAACCAACACUAAAUGCUGCAGUUGCCAGAAUCCCGGGCAACCUUCGUGGUCAGCUCACAGAAGCGCUGUGUCGAGCAGGAAUGGCAUCAGUUGAUCAGAAUAUGCGCGUGGCUCAUUUUCAGGCUGUGAGUGGGCCCGUUGAACAGCGACUACAACAGCUCGUCGCACUACCAACUUUUGAGUCCAAGCAAACGGUAAAUGAUGUGCAUGUGCAGGAAGAGCUUAAGCUAUUGAUCGAGAUGUAUUCAGGCAUUGCGCGGUCGGCUGAAUCAAACAGCUACGGUCCUAUUACAGUAUUCUGUCUGCCUGCUCUGCCUGUCAUUGUGAAGAUUUUCCAGAUCUUCCAGGGUGACUCACAGAUCGCGAACCUUAUCCUAAAUUUUUUCUGCCUGAUGGUAGAGGCGCAACUGAGCUAUCUCUCCCCUCGAGAUGCACUGCAAGUGUACACAGCUAGCGAUGACCUCAUUCGUGCGUACUGCCAACAUAAUUUGGGUAAGAAGAGCAUGCUGGGCGAUGCUGAAGAGGAAAGUUAUGUCGACUUGUUGGCACUGCUUACAUUGCUGUCGCAUCUGGUGUCAAAGGACUUUAUCGAUUUUUUCGGAAGACGCAACAACUGA